GAGUGUCUAAGCAUGAUGGUGAUCCUCUUGAAUUGUGUAACCCUUGGAAUGUUUCAGCCCUGUGAAGAUGUUGACUGUUCAUCAGAUCGGUGCCAAAUUCUUCAAGUAUUUGAUGACUUCAUCUUUAUCUUCUUCGCAAUGGAAAUGGUGGUGAAAAUGGUGGCCUUGGGAAUUUUUGGAAAGAAAUGUUACCUUGGAGAUACAUGGAAUAGAUUGGACUUCUUUAUAGUCAUGGCUGGGAUGGUGGAAUAUUCCCUGGAUCUCCAGAAUAUUAACCUGUCUGCUAUCCGCACAGUUCGUGUCCUCCGACCUCUAAAGGCCAUUAAUAGAGUACCUAGUAUGCGAAUCCUGGUGAAUCUACUGCUGGACACUUUGCCCAUGUUGGGGAACGUUCUUCUCCUUUGCUUUUUUGUUUUCUUCAUUUUUGGGAUCAUUGGGGUGCAGCUGUGGGCGGGACUACUGCGUAAUCGAUGUUUUUUGGAAGAUAACUUCACCAUAAAAGGAGACAUAACAUUACCUCCGUAUUACCAACCAGAGGAAGAUGAUGAGAUGCCCUUUAUCUGUUCUUUGUCUGGUGACAAUGGGAUCAUGGGUUGCCAUGAGAUUCCUCCACUUAGAGAUCGAGGACACGAGUGUUGCUUGGAUAAAGAAGACUAUUACUAUUACAAUUCAAUCCGACAAGAGUUUAACGUCAGUGGAAUGUGUGUCAACUGGAACCAGUACUAUAAUGUCUGCCGUACCAGCAACACCAACCCUCACAAGGGUGCCAUCAACUUCGAUAAUAUCGGCUAUGCCUGGAUUGUCAUCUUCCAGGUGAUCACUCUUGAAGGCUGGGUGGAGAUUAUGUACUAUGUUAUGGAUGCUCACUCCUUCUACAACUUCAUCUACUUUAUUCUUCUUAUUAUAGUGGGAUCAUUCUUCAUGAUCAAUUUGUGCCUAGUUGUUAUUGCUACACAAUUCUCUGAGACGAAGCAGAGGGAACACCAGCUGAUGCAAGAGCAGAGGGCUCUGUAUUUAUCCUCCAGUACCGUAGCUAGCUAUGCCGAACCCGGGGAUUGUUACGAGGAGAUAUUCCAGUAUGUGUGUCACAUCCUGAGGAAAGCCAAGCGGCGUACAGUGGGGUUUUACAACAGUCUUCAGAGCCGUAGACAAAGUCGCCACGAGCUAAAUAACGCAAAGCUUGGGAUCAACGGGAAAGAACCUCACCAUCUGUGGAUAUGUCAGAAGCACGGUCAGUUGGAUUACACGCCUCAUGCUAUUGUGCAACCCAUCGCUAUGACAUUGACAUCGGACCUUUCUAACUGCCCUCAAUGUUCCAAAACAAAAUGGGAGGAUGGUCGAAAACUCUCUGCACCCAACAGCACAAGGUCAAGUCAAGAUGGGACACAAGAGCAGACCAGUGAGAAAGGAUUAGGAAGCAGGAGUGGUGAUAGCACCUCCGAGCUUGACAAAGAGGAAGAAGAAGAUGGGGAAGAAGGCUUUUGUGAAGGACUAUGUGUGGAAAUAAGGGCAAAACUCAGAGGAAUAGUUGAUAGCAAGUAUUUCAACCGGGGGAUUAUGAUAGCCAUCCUUGUGAAUACAAUAAGUAUGGGCAUCGAGCACCAUGAACAGCCAGAAGAACUCACCAAUAUUCUGGAAAUCAGUAACAUUGUGUUCACCAGCAUGUUUGCAUUAGAAAUGAUGUUAAAACUUUCAGCGUUUGGCCUUUUUGACUAUCUCAGAAACCCAUAUAACAUAUUUGAUGGCAUCAUCGUCAUCAUCAGUGUCUGGGAGAUUAUUGGGCAGAAUGAUGGAGGCUUGUCUGUUUUGAGAACUUUUCGCCUAUUAAGGGUAUUAAAGUUGGUGAGAUUUAUGCCUGCCUUGAGACGCCAGCUCGUUGUGCUAAUGAAGACGAUGGACAAUGUGGCCACUUUCUGCAUGCUUCUUAUGCUCUUUAUCUUCAUCUUCAGUAUCCUAGGAAUGCAUAUUUUUGGAUGUAAGUUCAGUCUAAGGACAGACUCUGGAGACACUGUUCCCGAUCGCAAAAAUUUCGACUCCCUGCUGUGGGCAAUUGUAACUGUUUUCCAGAUCCUGACACAGGAAGACUGGAACGUGGUACUGUACAAUGGUAUGGCAAGUACGUCUCCCUGGGCUGCUCUUUAUUUUGUGGCAUUGAUGACGUUUGGAAAUUACGUUCUUUUCAACUUACUAGUGGCCAUCUUGGUUGAAGGUUUCCAAGCAGAGGGAGAUGCCAACAGGUCUUAUUCUGACGAGGAAAGGAGUUCAUCAAAUAUUGAAGAAUAUGAAAAAUAUCGUGAAGCUCAGCUAGGUUCUGAUCCUAAACUUUGUGCAGUACCAAUGACGCCAAAUGGACAUUUAGAGAACAACCCCAUUAUAAGUCAGCAAAUAUGUUCUGGAAUGAUGGAUACUUCAAGAAAUUCCCUGCAAAGGGAUCAAAUGCUUGUGGCUGUUAAUUGCAGGAAGAGUAGUGUGAUGUCCUUGGGCAGGACAACUUAUGACCAGAAAUCACAGACUAUGUCUCGAUCAUCCCACUGGGGACGAAGUGGAGCAUGGGGUAGCCGGAGGUCUAGUUGGAACAGUUUAGGACGGCGCCCCAGUAUAAAGCCAAGGCCUUGUACUGCAGAGCAUGAGUCAUUGCUGUCCCGAGGGGAGGACCACAGAGAGAGAAUUCAUUCCAGGAGAACAUCCAGCCUAAAACACAGGAGGGCAAUGUCUCUUGAUAACAAAGGACCUCCAGAUAUGCCGGAUCAAAUAUCAGCUCAGGCUAAUCACAGGAUACCUUACAAGGAAACCUCAAUAAUAGGUGAACAUCGUGAUUCCUCUGGAAAAACUCCACCUCUCAUGAAAGAUGUCUUUCCCAAGAUGAAUAACCGCAAAGAUAAGGAAGAAGAAGAAGAAGAAAUUGACUACAGCCUGUGUUUCCGAGUCAGAAAAAUGAUCGAGGCGUAUAGACCUGAUUGGUGUGAGUUGCGUGAAGAUUGGUCAAUAUAUAUUUUCUCUCCUCACAAUAGGUUCCGCGUCAUGUGCCAGACAAUAAUUGCGCAUAAGCUCUUUGAUUAUGUGGUCCUUGCAUUCAUCUUCCUCAACUGCAUCACCAUUGCCCUGGAAAGGCCGCAGAUCGAGCACAAGAGUACGGAGAGGCUUUUCCUGAGUAUAUCAAACUACAUAUUUACUGCUAUUUUUGUAGCUGAAAUGACACUGAAGGUGGUUUCUCUUGGACUUUACUUUGGGGACCAAGCUUAUCUCCGCAGCAGUUGGAAUAUUCUAGAUGGUUUUCUUGUGCUUGUGUCACUCAUUGAUAUUGUGGUAUCCGUGGCUUCAGCUGGAGGUGCAAAAAUAUUGGGAGUGCUACGGGUUUUGCGGCUUCUUCGAACUUUGAGACCUCUCAGGGUUAUCAGCAGGGCCCCUGGACUCAAACUGGUGGUGGAGACUCUAAUUUCUUCUCUAAAACCCAUUGGAAAUAUUGUUCUUAUUUGUUGUGCCUUCUUCAUUAUCUUUGGGAUCCUUGGUGUGCAGCUCUUUAAGGGGAAGUUUUUCUACUGCCUUGGAGUAGAUGUUCGAAAUGUCACCAAUAGGUCAGACUGUGAAGCAGCCAAUUAUAAAUGGGUGCACCAUAAGUACAACUUUGACAACUUGGGACAGGCACUGAUGUCACUUUUUGUUUUGGCGUCCAAAGACGGUUGGGUUAAUAUAAUGUAUAAUGGACUGGAUGCUGUGGCUGUUGACCAACAGCCUGUUACCAAUCACAACCCUUGGAUGCUGCUCUACUUCAUCUCUUUCCUUCUCAUUGUCAGUUUCUUUGUACUAAACAUGUUUGUGGGUGUAGUAGUAGAAAAUUUCCACAAGUGCCGACAGCACCAGGAGGCCGAGGAAGCCCGGAGACGAGAGGAGAAACGUCUCAGGCGGUUGGAGAAAAAACGAAGGAAAGCUCAGCGUUUACCGUAUUAUGCCACUUACUGCCCUGCACGUCUUCUGAUUCAUUCUGUCUGUACUAGCCACUACUUAGAUAUAUUCAUUACCAUCAUCAUUUGCCUUAAUGUUGUCACAAUGUCCUUGGAGCAUUACAGCCAACCAAGGUCUCUUGAAGUGGCCCUGAAGUACUGUAACUACAUGUUUACGACAGUCUUUGUACUAGAAGCUAUACUGAAGCUAGUGGCCUUUGGAUUUAGACGAUUCUUUAAGGACAGGUGGAACCAGCUGGAUCUGGCCAUUGUGCUCCUGUCCGUGAUGGGCAUCACUUUGGAAGAAAUUGAAAUUAAUGCUGCUUUGCCAAUAAAUCCCACCAUUAUUCGCAUCAUGAGGGUGCUGCGCAUCACCAGGGUGCUGAAGCUGCUAAAAAUGGCAACGGGCAUGAGGGCGUUACUAGAUACCGUAGUGCAAGCAUUGCCACAGGUAGGAAACCUGGGAUUGCUCUUCAUGCUUCUAUUCUUUAUUUAUGCUGCUUUGGGAGUGGAGCUUUUUGGGAAACUUGUUUGCAAUGAUGAUCAUCCUUGUGAAGGUAUGAGCCGCCACGCUACAUUUGAGAACUUUGGAAUGGCUUUCUUGACUCUCUUUCAAGUCUCUACUGGAGACAACUGGAAUGGAAUAAUGAAGGAUACUUUACGUGAUUGCACUAAUGAUGAUCGUAGUUGCUUAAGCAACCUCCAGUUUAUCUCCCCGCUAUACUUUGUGAGUUUUGUCCUCACAGCUCAGUUUGUGCUAAUUAAUGUAGUUGUUGCUGUAUUAAUGAAACACCUGGAUGACAGCAAUAAAGAAGCUCAGGAAGAUGCUGAACUUGAUGCAGAGAUUGAAAUGGAGUUGGCUCAUGGACUUUGUGCUCAAGCAUCACCAAUCUCUGGUCUAGAAAGUGGGGGACGUGGAGGAAGACCAGCCACUGAAGGACACCGUAGCUUGAGAUGUUUUUCUCCUGCACAGGAGAAUUUGUGGCUGGAUAGUGUUUCCUUGAUCAUUAAGGAUUCAUUUGAAGGAGAACUGAUGAUAAUUGAUAAUUUGUCUGGUUCAGUCUUCCACCAUUACUCUUCUCCCGCAGUCUGUGAAAAGUGUAACCACGACAAACAGGAGGUCCAGCUGGCAGAAAUGGAGGCCUUUUCUUUAACCUCUGACAAGUCCUCUUCAGUAUUGACUGAUGAUCUCAGUUCAGAAGAUCAAGGUGUCACAAGUCAGUUAAAGGAAAUGAAGGAUGAGCAAGAUAGUCCAGACUCUUUGAGAAUUGGAGUAUUUGGUGAAAACCUUUUCCCACUUGCAAGUAUACCUGGCUCCCCUACAACGGAACGCUAUAUCAGUGAGUUAGAGAAGCUGUCUUUAACGCCAGCUGAGUCGUGGGACAGCUGGUUGAAAGACGACAGCAGCCCAGUUUCUCCUCCACCUCUUUCUACAGGUACAGUUAGCCCCCUCUUGCCUGUCCCUGCAGAGUUCUUUCAUCCAGCAGUUUCCCCAACUGAAAAGGAUCCUGAAGACCUUACACUUCAGAAAAGCCUUCCCAAGCUCUCCUCCCAAGAAUCGUGGGCUACUCUACGUUCCCCAGAUGUCAACUGCUCGCUCUUGAGACAGGCUACACAAAGCAAUUCAUCCAUGGAAAGUGGUAGUGCAAGCUCAGAAGACAGUUUACAGACCACACUAGAGGACAGUUUAAAUUUAAGUGACUCUCCACAGUGCACAUUAGACCUUCCGGAUCUCCGUGUAGCUCCUGUCUCUCAUCGUACUCCUUUGCCUAUCUCCUCACUUUCUAUGAUACCCCGGCGGACCAGCCGUCCAAACUUUGCCCUUCAGAAGGUUCGGCGGCAUCAAAGGAGCCAUAGCAGUGGUGGUAGCACAAGCCCUGGAUGUACUAUACAUGACUCCAUGGACCCUUCUGAUGAAGAAGGGGCAGGUGGUAGCCUUAGAGGAACAAGUGAGCCCUCAGAGACCUUUAGCAGUUUGUCCCUUACCUCCCUUUUUUCCCCACCUCCUUCUUUGACACCACCUGGUGGUGUGAUGAAAAAAUGCAGCAGUGUCAACAGCCUUUCUGUUGCCUCUUCUAGAGUAAGAGGAGCAAAGCAAUUUUACGCAGUUGAUCCACAGGGCUUCCUUUCAAUGCCAUCAUGGGUGAUGGAUUUUUACCAAACUUCUACUCCCCCAGAAAACCAAGAGAGCCGUAGCAGUACCGGAAAAUUACCAACUGUGGAAAGGGGGAUACCUGCCAGUAGUGUCUCAGGAAAUGUGGAUUUUGGCAAUAAUAGCCGGAGAAACAGAUGAAAUUAUUUUAUUUUUUUUGGGUGGGUAUCAGGGUCAGUUUAUGGGGUAUGAUUUCCUAACUCUACAUAAGUGGGGGGAAACAAAGCCUUAUGGCUCUCAAACAGACCGGCAGGAAAUGCUACAUUACCUCACUGUGUGAGCCAGCCAAGCAAUGCAACUGGAGGUCUCAGAGGUAAAGGCUGAUGAGUACUUGCGCUCUGAAUAAUUGAAGAAACCACUGUACUGUAACCAGCCAG